AUGGCGUUCAAUUUUUUCUGCCUCGGCUCCACCAUCGCGGCGGUGCUCGCCUCCUCCCAGCCUGCUCACGCGUUUGAGCGGAGGUUGUUUGGCAAGAUUGAGAAUGGCGCACAGCCAGUGUCGUUCCCCCAGCUGACGUUGGGAGUUGAUGAUACCCUCCAAGAAGUUUUGGACGAGUACUGCCAGAAGAAGUUCAAGGCACUUUGCGCGUCGGGAGACAAAGUGUUCUGCAAUCGUUUGGCGGUUGCACGUUAUGCUAAAGGCAAAGAAAACCAGGACGCAGAUAUGUGGCGAUGCUUCGAUGACAGAUCCAUUGUAUCCUCCAAUCGCAGCGUGUCCUGCGUUGACGACUGUGGGAAUGCGAUUCCUUGCCUAGGCGAAGUGAAGUCGAUCACCGUAGUACAUACAACUCGCCAUGCCGAGAUUCAAUCCCUGGUGGCCAGGGAAUCCGCUCGCCUCUGCCCUUCAUCGCAAAAGGCGGCCAACGCAUACUGCAAAACGCAGCAGGCUGGCAGUGUUGCACGGAAGGACGCUGGUCUUACAAGUGUGAAUCAGGGCAUCGAGUGGAGAUGCUACGACCCGUCAAGUCUCGCCUACGAGCAGAAAAGCACCUGUGCAAGCAAUUGCGGAGAGGAGGUUAAGUGCCACGGAGGCAGGAUUGAUAUGGUCUCCGAAGCGGUUAGCGCAAAGCACGUGACGAGAGACAAGGAAAUUCAGGACGCGAUUAACAAGAACAAGACCGAUUGCAAGGGUAAAAUCUGCGUCAACACCGUAGCCAGUCCGGCCCAGUGCGUCGACUGA